UCUCUAUCUCUUUCUCUCUCAUUUCUCAUUCUCUCAAGCUCACAGCUUUGGUAUCUCUUUGAGCAGUUCACCGGCACCGACCUUGCCGGGAUCUGGUCGGAACUUUCACCGGAAAAAGCAUGAACCUCAAUUGAGCUUUUUCCCAUUUUUUAGCAUUCUGUUAUAAGCUGAAGAAACAAGCUUUUUGGAUCGGUUUGAAAGACAGCUUUUUUUUGGGAGGGGAUGUUAUUAGAGAUUUAGUUGAAACCGAACCAUAUAAAUUCUGGGUUUUGCUUAUUUUGGUAAUGUAUGUGGAGUGUUUACAAGGUUUUAGCCAAAACAAGUGUAGCUUUUAAAUCUGGGGUUCUUUUUUCUUUCUCAAGUUUUGCUUUUGGUAAGCUUGGUGGAGCUGUUGUUUCUAUGUGAAAUAAUAGUUUAGUUGUUCCAAAGAAUCUUAGGCUUUAGUUAUUUUUUUAAUGCAAAAGUUUGGUUACAAGGGAAGUUUAGAGGUUGAAGGAGCUGGUGAUUAAGCUGAUUAAAAUUACCAGAAAUCACCUUAUCUUGUUACAAAAACAACCUGAAGUUUCGUAGCUGUUCUUUCUUCUUCUUCUUCUUCUUUUGCAUUAUAUUUGAUUAAAAGCCUGAAUUUUGGAUCAAGUGGAAGGGAACUUUAAACUCAAGUGUUUGUUGUUAUUGAGUUGAGAUUAAGGUGAGAAGGGGUAAUUUACAAUGUGUAGAAUAGAAGAAACAAGUGGAAAGUGUGAUUACAAGAAACAGUGGGAAAUGAAGAUUAAGAUCUUUGGGGAAGGGAAAGUGGAGAAGUUAAAGAACUCAAUGGUUUCAAGGCCUAGAAUGAAGCUAUGGAUGUUAAGGGCAUUAACCACAAUUUUGUUAUGGACUUGCUUUAUUCAAUUGAUGGCAUUGGGAGAAAUGUUUGGUCCGAAAUUCUUGAAAGGUUGGCCUUCUUGUUUCACUCAAUCUGAUUCUGAAUUGCCUUUGGUUGCUGAACUGUCUUCUAUUCCACCAAAACUCAUCCUUCCUCCAAAAAGGUUAUAUAAGAACAAUGGUUAUCUUAUGGUUUCCUGCAAUGGAGGACUUAACCAAAUGCGAGCUGCGAUUUGCGACAUGGUUGCCAUUGCCAGAUACCUAAAUGUCACGCUUAUUGUCCCGGAACUAGAUAAAACCUCAUUCUGGAAUGACCCUAGUGAGUUUAAGGACAUUUUUGAUGUUGAACACUUCAUUACUUCCUUGAGGGAUGAGGUUCGGAUAUUGAAGGAACUACCACCUCGAAUUCAGCGACGGGUUGAUCAAGGAAUGUUCCUCUCUAUGCAACCGGUCAGUUGGUCCGAUAUUUCUUAUUAUGAUCAUCAGAUUCUUCCUCUUGUGCGAAAGCACAAAGUUGUACAGUUGAAUAAAACCGAUACUCGGUUUGCAAAUAACGAACUACCCCUCGAGAUUCAGAAGCUGCGCUGCCGUGUAAAUUUCAAUGCACUGAGGUUUACUUCCCAAAUCGAGGAAUUGGGUAGGAAAGUUGUCAAGAUUUUAAGGGAGAAAGGCCCUUUCCUUGUGCUUCAUCUCCGUUAUGAAAUGGACAUGUUGGCCUUUUCAGGCUGCACUCAUGGCUGCAACAGCGAGGAAGAGGAAGAACUUACGAGAAUGAGGUAUGCUUAUCCUUGGUGGAAGGAAAAAAUAAUGAAUUCAGAGAUGAAAAGGAAAGAAGGAUUGUGCCCUUUGACUCCCGAAGAAACAUCUCUAGUAUUAAAAGCGCUCGGUAUUGACCGCAACGUCCAAAUUUACAUUGCUGCCGGAGAAAUUUAUGGUGGUGCUAGUCGGAUGGCUCCGUUGGCAGAAGCAUUUCCUAAUCUGGUCAGGAAGGAGACUCUACUUCGAUCGGACUUGAAAUUCUUCCAAAACCACUCAUCCCAAAUGGCAGCAUUGGAUUAUCUAGUCGCCAUAGAAAGCGACAUUUUUGUUCCGACAUACGAUGGAAACAUGGCCAAAGUUGUCGAAGGCCAUCGGAGAUUCUUGGGGUUCAAGAAAACCAUCUUACUAGACCGAAAACUUCUAGUCAAGUUAAUAGAUCAAUACCAAAAUGGAUUGUUAAGCUGGGAGGAGUUCUCCGAUACCGUGAAGGAAGUUCAUUCGAAUAGAAUGGGAAACCCAAAGAAACGGGUCGUGAUUCUGGAUAGACCGAAAGAAGAAGAUUAUUUUUAUUCGAAUCCACAUGAAUGUCUACAACUGUUGGAUGAACCUUUGAGAAGAAGAUGAGGCGAAUAAUGGUGGUUAAAUUAUGAUCUUGAAUUAUACUUUUGUACUUGAAAUACAUAUUUAUUACCAGACAUAACUCGCAAAUAAUG